GCCCCGGCCGCCGCAUGGACGCGCAGGAGGAGGCGCGAAGGCGCAAGCUGGAGGCUGGCAGGGCCAAGUUUGCUUACUUCAGACAGCGAAAAGCAAAGGGUGACAUCACGCAGUCGCAGAAAAAGGCGGCGAAGAGGAAGGGCUCGGCUGUCCACACGCAUGACCUUCCGAAGGAAGAGCACCCAGUAGCAGCCAGAGAUGCUGGGAAGUGUGUAGAGGGUCAGGCUGAAGACACCAACCUGCCAGAGGCAACGACAGAGGCACAGGGCAGCACUGAUUUGUCUAGCUGGGAGCCACUGGAUGAUCAUGCAACUCAAAAAGAUAGGAUAAAUUCUGCUGCAGAAUACAGCGAGGCUGAUGCUCAGAUGUGUCAGGUGAGGAUAGCUGAGCUGGAGAGCAGACUGCUUGAGAAACAAGGAGCAGUGGAAAGGCUCACUGUACAGAUGGAGGAGCUGCAGGACCAAGUCACCCAGCACAACGAUUCUAUGCAGCUUCAGGAAACAAUGGUUCAAGAGCAGAAUGAAAUCAUCUGGAAGUUAACAACCUGCCUUCAACAGGCCAAGAAAGACCGGGAUGAGCUACAGGAAGAGGCUUCAUCUGUGGCUGGUCAGAUCCAUGAUUUACAGCUCCAGUUGCAUCAGGUUACUGAGAUACUGAGGAAUAAAAGUCUCAGGAAAAACAAAGAAUUAGAAGCUCAGCAGCAAAUGUCCUUGUUUCAGGAUUGUCUCAGAGAGCAAAAUGCACACUUGGAGAUACUGCGUGAGAAAGCACAUGACCUGGAAGUGCAGCUGGAGUCUUCUCAAAAGAAUACCAAAGAUAAAGAAAACCCUCUUGUCCAAAAGGAAGAGGAUAUGAAAGAUACAAUGCAAGAGCUAUACAAAAGCAUAGCUGAAAAAGAACAAUUUAUUAAAAGUCUUCAAGAUGUGCUGACAUCAGAAAGAUCUGGCUUAUCUAUACUACAGCACACACUUUCUCUCCGGGACUCAGAAAUAACAGAAUUAAAAAAAGAAAUCGCUUUAUCCAAAGUGAAAGAACAGCAACAUAUUGAAGAACUGAGAAUCAGUCAUGAGAAGGAUAUUUGCAGACAGCUGGAUAACUUGAGAAAUGAGCUGGAGAAGUGCCACAGAAGAGAGAUUGCAGAAGCCAAGCAGGUCUAUGAAGAAGAAAUGAUUUUAAAAUAUAAAAAUGAACUUGAACAGUUAAAGAAAGAACUCUGUGCUUUGAAUUCUGAAGAACACAUUCAGAAUUUGAAUGGCAUAAUAAUUGACUUAAAUAUAAGGCUUCAAGAAUCUGAAAUUAGUAAAGAAAAUUUGAAGAAGAAACUUGAAAACCAACGGGAAGACUUCCAGAGGGAAAAAUCUGAAAUAGAAACUAAAUACAAGGAUUUAAUUGAUGGCCUUAACUACCAACUUUCUCAUGCAGAAGAGCAAGUGAAGGAAGCCCAGCGAUAUAAAAAAGAAAAACAGUCCUUGAAUAAGAUUCAGAAACUGAAUUCCUACAUCCGGGAAUUAAAUGAAAAGCAACUUUAUGAGGCUAAAAAAAGUAUAGAUGUAAGGCAAAAGCAUGAAGGAGAGAUAGUCUCCAAUAAAAAGUUAUUGGAAUUGAGGGAAAGCCCGAUUUUAUCAAGGAUGUCUCAGUUGGAGGGAGUGGAUCUUGAGGAGAUGUGGGACACAGCACACCAGUCAGAAUUUAGAGAUGAGCCAGUGCAUGGAGAACUGGAGUUCCAGCAUGACUCCUCAAGGAAUCAAUUAGAAGAAACAAAGAAUUUAGAGAUCACGAAGGAUAAUGGAAGUAGUGAAGGGGAGAACCUGUCUGAAGAACCCUUGUCAGAACUAGGGCUUUUCAGUGGUGAUGAAGGUAUAUUGGCUAAAUAUCUAAUUUCCACAGAAACUCCAGAAGACUCCUGUGUGUCCAACUCCUCAGAGGGCCAUGCCAUUGAAGAGGGCAGAUGCAGUAUGUAUGGGUUAGACAACAGUGUGCUCCUAGAACCCAGCAGAGAUUUUAUAUCUUCUCCAUUAAACUCUAGCCUUGAUGAGGGGACAUGUCUCAGUGGCUUGGCUCAAGAUGUUUUUGAAGGGGCAGAGGUGAAAGCAGAAGCCUUUGUUUCAUAUAUGUCAGAUGGCUCCCUGCAGCAAAAUAAAAUUGGAGACCACGGUGACAUAGAGGAUGAUGAGAUGAUGUGUUUAGUAGAGAGACCUCUGAAGCCAGCUGAACAGCUCCAUCAGGAGUCAGCCUUGGAAAUGCCUUAUCAGGACACCCAAGAAGCUGUUCAAAAUUGGGAGAAAGCUAUGUCUGAGCUCUCUCACAUGCAUGCAAAACUGCAGGAAGAACACAAAGCACGGAUCUGUUGUGAAAAAGAACUUCUUCAGAAAAUGGAGAGGGAGAAAGAACUUGAAAAUCAACUUAUGCUUCUAGUAAAGCAGCAGAGUGAGGAUGGAGGCCAGCCAUCUCCAGCACAAGUGUCAAACCCCUGUACAUGGCUAGAAAUGGUGAAAGACCUCCAGGAGGAAAGAGACAGGUUGAUGAUGCAGGUGCAAACUCAGGAGGAGUUAGUGAGACAUAUUCAGGAGCAGAAAACAGCUUCUGAUUCCGUGACAAGCGAAGUGCAGGCUCUUUUUGACCAUCAGUUAGCAGCUUUGCAAAGUCAAAGGGAUUGGAUGGAAAGCCAGCUUAAUGCUCAGAAGGCUGAAAAUCAGAGAAUAGCAAGACUAUCCCAUGUUGAGGAGGAUCUGUUAAAAGCAGAACAAGCACUUGCAGAGAAUGCUAGCAUCAUUGAGGACCUUGAGAAAAACAUCCAUGAGCUUAAUGCUGAAAUGAAAAACAUCAAAGAAAUACAGGAGUGUGAAAGACUGAGCUAUGAGGACAGGUUAAACCUCAGCAACCAACAAAUUAAUAAACUUACUGCUGAAAUAAAGGAAAAGACUACUGAAUACAGCGAGGAAAAAAGCCAGUUGACUGAAGAAAUUGCCCAGUUGAAAAAGGCUCAUUUGGAGCUUGAGGCUCUCUUGCAGGAGUCCUGUCAGGCUGCCCAGGAGGCUCAGUCCAAGAUGGAGAAGCACUACAAAGAGGAAAUGGAUAAGAUGGAGAAUCAGCACCUUACUGAAUUAACUGAAGUGAGUUUGGCACACAAGAGAGAGAUAGAAGAGUUAAAUGCUGAAAUAAAAGACAAAGUGGAAGAACAACAGAAGUUGGAAGAAAAAAGAAAGGAAGAGAUUGCUAUAAUAAAAAAGGUUCAUGAACGAGAGCACGAUCGGGAAAUCUCCGAGCUGGCUGCUAAACACUCAGAGGAAAUGGAGAAGCUCCGUGCCGAGCUAAAGGAGGAACAGAGGCACCUACUAGAUGAGCUCCAGCAGCAAAUGGCAGCCACACACAGAGCAGAGCAUGAGCAAGCUCAGCUCCAAUCCCAGACACUGCACAGCCUUGAACUGGAAGCUUUACGCCUGACCUUAAACAAUAUGCACACCUCUCAGCUGGAGCUUACACAGUCAAACUUGAGGAAAGAGAAGGAGACUGCCCUCAUGGAGCUGCGGGAGAUGCUCAAUGACAAACGUGCUCAGGAGGUAGCGAUUCUGCAGAGCCGCCACCAGCUGGAGUGGGAGAAGAUGAAGGAACAGUGUCUGAAGGAAAAAGAAGACCUUAAGUCCAAGUAUCAGCAAGAACUAGUUGACCAGAGAAAGAAAAUAGAAUUGGAAAUGGAAGACACACAUGUCCAGGCAUUAGAGACCCUCAAAAGAGACUGGGAAUUAGAGUCUGAUAGACGUUUAAAAAACAUGUGUGAGGAGCUGUCUGAAAAACAUGAGACUGAGAUGAUCGCACUGCAGAAAUCUCUGGAAAUGGAUUUGGAAAAAGUCAGAGCAGAACUGGGGCUUCUUUCUGUUGAGAAUGUACAGUCUAAAAUGAAAUGUGUAGAAUUGGAGAGGCAGCACCAGUUAGCUAUCACAAAAUUACAAGAACAGCUGCAGGCUGAACAUAACCAACUCCUAGAAGACAUAAAGAUGAAAAGCCAAGAAAAGGAACAGGAACUUCAGAAGGAGCUGGACCAACUUCAGGUCAAGCAUGAGCAACUCAAGGCUCAGUCACAAGAAGAAAUCAGGCAGCUUUGGUCUCAGCUUGACAGUACCCGAGCAAAUCGACAAGAGCUAAGUGGUGAUGAGACCAGAAUGCAGGCUCAUGGUCCAGAGCUAAAAGAGCAGCUCCUGGCUCGAGCAUCACAGGUAAAAGAAAUAGAGUGUUUAAAACAGGAGUUUGAACAGCAGCGUCAGCAGAGAAACAAGGAGCACGAAGCUGAAUUGGAGCAACUGAGACUUUAUUUUGAAAACAAGUUAAUUGUUGCUGAAGAAAACUACAAAGAAGAAUUGACUUUGUUGCAUCAGAGACCGCAAGAACUGAAGGACUAUUCACUGUCAGAGUUGGAAAUGAGUCAAGAUCAAGUAGGGGAUAUCAGUUCUUCUGUCACACUUUUUGAAGAGUCUGCUGAGAAAGAGAGAAGUGGUGCACUUGGUCAGCUAAACCAACAGCUUGAACAACAACAGGAAGAACUUGCCUGUUUGCAGCUACAGCUUACAGAACAACACAAGCAUGAAUUGGAUUCCUUAAGAUCCUCCCUUGCACUUCAGUAUAAAGAGGACCUGAUGAAAAUGAAGAUGGAUCUGUCAGACAAAUACGUAACAGAAAUUGAGGCCAUGAAGAGAAAGCAUUGUUUAGAACUUGAGCAGCUCCGUGCCCAACUUUCAGAAGAACAUUCUAAAGAAAUCACCAAGCUGUGUCUCCAGAGUACUCAAGAUGUAGCAUGUCAGGUUGAGAUAGAGGUGGCUGAGCAAGUGUCUGUGUUGGAGGAAGAGCACAAAGCCAAGCUCGCUCUCUCCAGCUCUGAGAGACAGCGUAUUGCAGAGCUCUCAGAGGAAAUAAGGCAUUUAAAGGAAGAGAUUAUAAAACAAAAAGAUUUUUCUGAGCAAAAUGAAAAGCAUCUGAAAGAAGAAAUGGAAAAGGUAAAAUAUAAAAUUGCUGAGGAUCACAAAAAUGAAUUAAGAGAAGAAGUCCAGAAAAUAGAGAAUAUGUACAAAGAAAAAGAGAAGAAAUGGCAGUGUGAAAGUGAGGCCCAGAGAAUCCUAGCAGAAGAGAAGUUAUCGCUAUUGCACAUGGAACUGCAAACCAGAGCGGAAUCUGAGAAGCAGAACUUACAGAAACAGUUUGAACUCCGUGAAGCUGAAAUGAUUCAGCUUCAAGAUCACCAAGCUGCCAAAAUUCUCGAGCUAGAAAAGCUGGUGAAGGAGCAGCAAAACAACUUGCAGCAGCUGGAGGACAGCCUUGCAGGUGCCCAGGCUGUGCAGAAAGUUCAGCAGCAGUAUGAAGCGGACCUGGAGGCAGUCAAAGCUGUCAUGGCGAAAGAAAUGGAAAAAGUCACACUCAGCCUGCAGGAAGAAUGUGCACUGAAACUCCUGGAAGCACAAAACAAGUUUAUGGAGGAACACAAAGCAGUGACUCAGAAAUUUACAACUGAGCAAGAGAUUCUUCUCCAAAAGCUGAAAAUGAAACAUGUGGAUGAGCUGGAACUCCAAAGUCAGCAGUUACAGGAGAAGCAUAAGCAGCAGAUUUUGUCUCUGACAGCUGAUUUUCAGGCAAAACACCAAGCUGAAAUUGAGACACUUAAAUCUACACUGGAAAGUAAACAGCAGAUUCAGCUUGAAAGUUGUGUUGCUGAACUACAGACAAAGCAUCAGGCCCAAAUUGAUGAGCUGGAGGUUAAACACUUAUCAAAUCUGGAUUCCUUGGAGUCUUCCUACCUAUCUGAAAUUCAGAGUGUAAGAGAUGAACACAGUUGGGCUCUGGAGAAGCUGCAGCUGCAGCACAGGGAGCAGCUUCAAGAGCAGGAUAAAAUGCAUCAGGCACGACUACUUCAGGAGGUUGAGAUGCUGAAAUUAAAGCAUGCUGAAGAACUUCAACUUAUCCAAAAUAAUUUGAAAAUUGAGCUAGCUACUGUUAAUAUGGAAAAGCUGAAAACCAUGGCUCUUGAAGCAGAAGAAGCUCAUAAGGAUGAUCUGAACACGGCUCUUCGAAAUCAAAGGCAGUUGCUGGAGGAAGAAAAAUGUCUGGCUCUGGAUCUAUUACGUGAAGAAGUGUUGCAGAUGGAGGAAAAGCACAAGAGAGCACUCAAAGAGCUUCAGGACCUUCAUGAGGCAGAUAUUAGGAAACAUAAGGAAGAGUACUCCAUGGAGUUGGAAAAAGAGCUAGGGAAACUAAAAGCACAGCAUGAACGUGAGCAAGAGCUGUAUGCUUCUGCAUCAGCCUCUGAAGUAGAAUCUGUGAGAACAGCUCUUCUGGCUCAAUUUGCAGAGGUAAAAUUGAAGCAGCAGCUUCAGUUCCAGGAGGAGAUUGAGCUGUUGAAGUGUCAGUCAGAGGUGCUGCUGGAACAGCAGAUUGCACAGCUGAAGGAUGAAUUUGAAGCUGAAAAAAAGGACAAGGAACAGAUGUUGAUUCAGGAGAGGGAGAAGGCACAGGCUGCUCACCAAAAGGAACAAGAAAUGUUAUCAGCUCAGCUGCAGGAAAAGGCGGCAAUAAUUAUCCAGCUGGAAGAGAAAGUGGCAUCUUUAAAGCAUGAGAUAGGGGAGACCAACUCUGAACUGGAGACACUCCUUCAGCGGCAGGACAGGGAAAACCAAGAAGGAGGAAAUUUGGUAGCCCUCUUGAGGUCUGAUAUUGAGCAGUCCAAGGAGGAAAAGGAAAAACUGCGUGAGUCUUACCAGCACGUUUUGAAGCUGCUUAUGGAAGUGGUGAAGGCCACAAUAGUUACUGAGGACCUUAUCUGUAGCAAGAUUGGUCUUGAUGACAGCCUGGCUUUUGGAGAUUCUAAAGAAACUCAGAAUAUUAUGGAAGAAAUGGGAUUCAUGCAGUAUUUUAAAGUCAAAGAAAGCCAUCAUCUAGAAAAAGCUUCCUUGUUUUCAAUAGAGGAGCUGCUUGAUGAAACUCUCACAGAACACAACCAGCUGUCUCCAGCAUCUGACGAGGUGUCCGAGUUGAGCCAGUACUUAUGUGAAAGUGUUUUUGCAAAGCCAGAAUCGGCGUGUGAAAGUGAAGAAACAAUACAGAAAAUCUGUCAUCGCUUGCACACUGCAGUGGAGAAACUUCUGGAACUGGUUACAGAGUCAACUAAACAACUAGAGAAGAUGCAUGAAAACCAUGCACAGUUUGAGGAAGAGUUCAGCCGUUGCAAUCGGGAGACCGCCCAGGUGGUGAGUCAGCACCAGGAGCUGAUGGAGUGCCUCAGUGAGGAGAGUGAGGCCAAGAACCAGCUGGCACUAGAGCUUCAUAAGGCAGAGGGCAUUAUUGAAGGCUACGUUGCAGAAAAAGCUGCGUUAGAAGAGGCCUUAAACCUGAAAGAGGAAUCUGAGCGUCGUCUUGUUGUGGAGCUGGAGAACAUGCGGGAACGCUUCCAGGAGCUAACCCAGGAGCAAGCAAUCCUUGGUCUACUCAAGGAAGUAGAAUUUUUGUCAAAGGAGAAACUUGAGCUUCAGUGUCAGGCAGAAAAAGACCAUUCCAACUUACGCUCUCAGAUGAAAGUUUUGGAGGUGGAACUGGAAGAGCAGCUGUGCAGUAACCAAGACCUGGCUACAAAGUUACUGGAGGUUGCUGAAUUAAAACAGCAAAUUGAAGUUCUUGAAAAACAGCUUAAAAAUCAGCGGCAAUUCAUGGAUGAACAAGCCAUAGAAAGGGAACAUGAACGCGAUGAUUUUCAGCAGGAAAUUCAGAAAUUGGAAGAACAGUUAAAACUGUCAGCAAAAUCACAGACUUCAGGGCAGUCCAGAGAGCAUAGGAACUAUGAAUUGAUUCUGCAGGUAGAAUCUUUGCAAGCAGAAAUAAAAGAGAAGAUGGAUGAUUACAAUAAACUGCUACUAGAAAAGGAGCGAAAACACCAAGAAAUUGCAGCUCGUGAUACAGAGAUAGAAAAACUGGUGGCACAGAUCCAAGAGCUGAAGCUCAGUGGUGCUGAGGUCUCAAAGACAGUACACAGCUUGGAACAACAGCUGCAGAAAAUGAAGAAAGUGGAAACUGAGCUGAAACAGGAUAAAGAGGCAUUGCAACAGCAGCAGUACAAUAACUUGAUCCAGAUCUCUGCCCUGCAGUCUAAACUGGAUGAAGCAAGGCACCGAGUGCCGGUGGAUGGCAGUUCUGCCCUGCUGCUGAAGGAGCAGCUGCAGGCAGAGCAGGAAGCACUCCAGGUCAAGGACAGAGAGAUUGCAAGCUUACUAGACCAGGUAGAACAAUAUAAAGACAUUUUAGUGAAGAGGAGAAUGUUUAAAUAAAGCCUCUAGUUCUGCUCUGCUGUUAGGUUGAGAGAGAAAGUAUCGGUCCUUUCUAGUAAGGUUUUUGUGUUUUCUGGUCAGGAGGAUCUAACAAAACUUGAUGUGAAGCCAAGCAAGGACCUGGGAAUCAGUGAUUUCUCAGCCCUGUCGUUACCACAAGCACUGCUUGAAGAAAAGAAUCAAGAAAUUGAUCAUUUGAAUGAGCAGAUGAAGAGACUUCAGCAUGAACUGCAGAAUGCUCUGGAGAAUAAAAUUGCAGAAGACCAAAAGCCUGAAAUUGAAGAACUGAGAUCACUGGUUGAGCACCUUCGCCUUGACCAGGAGAGGCUGCGUAAGGACAAGGAUGAAGAGGUGGAGCAACUCCAUGAAGUAAUUGAAAAGCUUCAUAAAGAGUUGGCACAAUUUGGACCAGUAUGUCAUGAAGAUAGUGACAACCAGGUUUAUUUCUAUGAAGUUCCAUUGGAAAAGUCAGUGGAAAACCUUCAGAAUGAGUUGAAGGGACUGGUAGCUUGUCAAGGUGAUGCUGAUCCAAACAGAAGAAACGAAUCAGUACUCUGCAAAGUGAGAGAACUUCAGGAGGAACUGGAGCUUGUCUCAGCUUCUAAAGAAGCUCUGCAGCAGCAACUGGAAAAAACGGAAUUGCAGCUCAAAACAGAAGUGGAAAUUUUGGAGAAAAAAUGCCAACAGUUGCAAGAGUCAUCAGAGCAGUCUGUUGCAGAGCUCACCUCCCUAAGAAUCCAGCACCAGGCACUUCAGGAAGCAUACAGUGUUUCCCAAACUCUCUUGUCUCAGAAAGAGGCUGAGAUAAAGAUGAUUACAUCUCGAGUUCAAGAACUUGAAGAUAAGGUGAGAGAAAGGGAAGCAGAUAUUCUAGAGAAAGAGAUGCAAAUUAAGACAAUGGCAGAUCAAAGAGAAGCUGAUGUAACUGAGCUGCAAUACUUAACAGAAAAGGCAGGAGAGCUCCAAACAGAGCUGGAAAAGAGAGGUGCGAGUCAGGCACAAGAUGUUUACAGUCUUCAGUUAGAAGUUUCUAGACUUGAUUUCCAGGUGCAAGGACUGAAUCAGAAAGAAGUAGCCCAUCUGAAAGAAAUCAAGGAACUGCAAGGGAGCACUGCACAACUGAAAGAUGAAAUCAAAGCCCAUAUGAAAGAGCUCGAAGCCUUACGAUUGGAAAGAGCUGAAGUUCUUUCACAGUUGGAGUCUUCCAAGCUGGCAGAGCAAGUAGGUCAUGAAGAGACUAAAUUUCUCAAUCCAUUGUGCCAGAGUAAAAGAAAAGAUGUAGCCUUUAAAAAUGGAAGGCAGGAAUUAGAAACAAAUAUUGAUCAGUCAUUUGGAGUAUUGGCUUUCCCUACUGCUAAACUGGAAAAAGAUGAAGUUAUGUUUGACUUGACAAUUGACAACAAAAAUCCAAAAAUGCAGAUUAAACAAUCACAAGAAAAUAUCUUGUGCCAGGAGUUGGACAUGAUCUGCAGUUCAGAAGGGGAUCAAGAUUUGAAAAAGCAUUGCCAGCAAGUGUUGGCAAUUCAUCAAACUCCUGAUUCACCAAAACACAAUUUGAACACAGACAAAGAGACUCCAAAAAAUUUCCAGAAUUUAAUUGCAAGUAUGUCUUCAUGGGGCUCGCCUGAGAUCAUGAGAAAACAAGAUAUAAGCAUGGAACUUCAGCCAGUGCUUCAGCUGACACCCUUCUCAGAAGCUGAAAACACAGAUUUUCAAAUCGUACACACAAGGUCAUCCCUGCAAGGAGAUAAUUCCAUAUCACUGGGAUAUUCUAACCUGGAUGAAAAUGGCAGUGGGGAUGCAGCAGUGGGAGCAGAUAGAAAAUCCCCAGCUUUCUCUGAAAGUACCUAUUCUGUUGAUGAUGAUGAAGAUAUGGUGAAGUUUCUGCAGAUGAGAGAAGCUGAUAAUCUGACUUUAACCCCUUCUGAUAUACAAGAUGAUGAAAGAUCAAGAGCAUCUGUGAUGAGCGAUGGGUGUGGCAGCAAUACCAGCUCAAAUUUGGCAGCUAAUCUAAAGCAGGAGCUACAAAGGUCAGAUCACCUAGAUGCCAAUGUCAUGGCUUAUCUGCGAUACCGGGAGAUGAUUCCAGAUAUUAUGGAAUCAAUGAAAGAAAAGGAAAUACUUUCACCAGAGAUGAAGACUGUGCUGAAAAUGGUGUAUGAGGAGAGCCGCAAAAUAUUGGCUUUGUCAGAGCAUCCCUUUCGUUUGAGGGAGCUGAAGAAUGUCCCUCAGAGUUUGGAGGGCUGGCAGAAGGAGGGAUUAUCCCUGCUGGAUGCUAUCCAGUCACUGAAGGAUUACCUCAGCAAGGUGGCAGAUAGAGGAGACAAGGAAACAUCAGGUGUUGGUGCUGACUGGAGAGGAGAACUUCUGCAAGCAGUACAGAGUGUGUUUGAGAAGGAGAGAAAUGUGUUGCAAAUUGACUUGAGGUCUCACUUCUCCAAUCCUGCAUCUGGUGACGCAAGUUCACUAGGGGAAAAGCUGGAGUAUAUAAUGAAACAACAAGAGGAGCAGAGGCAGAUGGUUGUGGAGCACCUCUUCUCCUCGGACCGGAAUAGCCUGCUCUCAGAAAUCCAGGACCUCCGAGCCCAGCUCCGCAUGACACAUCUCCAGAACCAGGAGAAGCUCCAGCAGCUACAGGAAACCCUUACCAAGGCUGAAGAUCAUGGGAACAAACAGGAACACCAACUUCGGAGGAAAGUUGAAUUACUGGAAUAUAAGCUUCAUCAGGAAAAAUCUAUUGUAAGUGACUUGCACAGCACCCUCUCUGAGGAGCAGAAAAGAUCCUCUGAAACAUGUGAUCUCCUGACUCGAGAAAAAGCAUCCCUGAAAUCAGAGCUUUCUGGAAGUAAGCAAGAGAAUGAAAGGUUGCAGAAAUCCCUGGAAGAGCUUCAGAGGGAAAUAAAUAAUUUACGUGUUGAGUUGGAAAAAAAAGAAAAGGAUUUGGCAGCUGCACUAGAAGACUUGCAGGCUGAGCAGCUGAAGGGAUCUGAGCUGCGAGGUUGGUUUGAGGAACAGCAGCGUCAGCAGAGGAAAGCAGAGGAUGAAAAGACAAAGGCCAUAGAGGAGCUGCAGGCUGCCCUGGAUGUGCAGUCGGUGCAGAAUUGCCAGCUGCUCGUGUCCUUAGAGCACGAGAAGACAGUGACAGAUAACCUCCGCAAGGAGCUGCAGAUUGAGCACUCCCGCUGCGAAGCCUUGCUGUCCCAGGAACAGAACAAACUGCAGGAGCUACAGAAAAACCUGGAUGCUGAGAAAAAUCGUUCGUUGGAGCUCCUGGAUUCCUUGAAUCACGAGCGUGUUUUGACAGAGCAGUUGAGCAUGAGAGUGAAGGAAGGUGCUUCCUGUCAGCACAGGGAGUCACUGCUGGAACAAGCUUUUGUCCGAGAGCUCCAAGCCCAGCUGGAAGAGGAGAGGGCCCGAACUACAGAGCUUGCUGCUGUUAUUGAGAAAAUGCACGAGAAGGCCAUCCUGUCCAAGAGGCAGCUGGAGGCUGAGGUACAGAUGUGCUGUGAGGAAACCCAGAAGGAGAGGGAGGUCAGUGACAAACUGCGAGCCACCCUGGAGUCUCUUCAGGCGCAAAAGCAAGAGGUGAUCCGUUCCUUGGAGGCCCAGAGGGAGAGAGAGAUCAAGCUGAAAGUUGACUGGGAGCAACUGCAGUCACUCUUCAAGCUGCUUAAAGAGCAAGAUAAGAACAGGAAAGAGGAGAGGGAAAGAGAGCAGAAACAGCAGCAACAGACAGAGCUACAGAAACAGAAGGACUGGCACAGAGUUCAGGAGAGACUGCAAAACUUGGAACGGCAACACCAAAGGGAUGAACAGAGAAUUAAAGAAUUGCAGGAAAUACUGGCAGUAUUAAAAGAAAGAGAAAGAAAUCCUCCAGCUCCAAACUGUCAGGAGGAACUCUUGUGUAGCUCAAGCAAAGAUGGAAGUGCCACACAGCCAGCAACAAAAGAAACUGAAAAACCCCACUUGCAGCAGCAGCAACAACAGCUGGAGAAGAUAAGGCAGCAGUUGUUCUUUGUGGCUGUGCACCUGAAUGAGUUCAUUUAUAAAACUCUGGAUAAAACGGUUAAUGAUUGGUCUGCAUCAAAUGAUGAAGCUGUAGCCUCUUUACUGCAGACAUUAAGGGAACUAAAAUCAGAUUUGUCUCCUCCUACAUCUCAGAUGAGAUCUGCAGGUGAUGCUGACCCUUUUCAAGAGCUGGAAAGAGAGGCUUGGCAACGGGAGAGGAACACGCUGCAGAACAUGCUGAAACAGGCAGAAUCCCAGCUGGCUAAAGCCAAUGCUGAAAUUGAAAACAAACCAGUGGCAGAAACUUCAAAUCCUAAGUUGCAGAGAUUGUAUCGGAAGUACAUUCGAGCAGAGAGCUUUAGAAAGGCUCUAGUUUAUCAGAAGAAAUACCUCUUGCUGCUGCUUGGUGGGUUUCAGGACUGUGAGCAAGCAACUCUCUCUCUCAUCGCCCGCAUGGGAAUCUAUCCUUCUCCUGCAGACCUGCAGCUUUCUAGAUCACGCUCCAGGCCUUUCACCAAGUUCAAGUGUGCAGUCAGAGCCAUCAUUGCCAUCUCAAGGUUAAAGUUUUUGGUGAGGAAGUGGAACAAAGUUGGCAGGAAGAGCACACAGAGUGAAAGCAUUUCUCACAGUAUAGGAGGUAACACAGCCUCUGGUGCUAGAACAGAAGUCCUGAGAGAGCAGCAGCCCCCAGCUGUUCCCAUCAGCUCUCCCCCUACCCAGGACAGGAACACAGGGCUAUGCCACAGACCCAUCUGUGCUGCAAGAUUGAUGAGCCUCUCCCCACGGUCCUCCUCCCGCUCGCACAACAGAUUGCAUCCGUCCCCAAGUUCAGCUCCAGAGAAGUCCCUUGUGCCACCUCAGGAUCCUGAACAGUCACUCACAGAAUAUAUCCAUCGCUUGGAGGUGAUUCAGCAAAGGCUGCGAGGAGUGCAGCCAGGGCAAGUACUAGCUUCACCUCAUCAGAGAAACCUAAAAAAGUGAUGGGAACGCUUAUGAAAUCUGUCCUGCAAGUUCGUGCUUCCUCUGAGUUGGUCCUCACUCAACAAAGGCACUUGCAAUCUCCCAUGCAACUGAAUAAAGGGCAGUGCUUUUAGAGCAAAUUUUUAUAUGACUCUUUUUAUUAUAUUUUAGUACUUUAAGAGGGACUUACUUUUCACUAAGAACAAUGUUUUACAUUCUCAUGUGAAAUUAAGUCAACAGCUGAAGUGUGCCUGCAUCGCUGUAUUGUAAGCUGCAAAAAGUCUCUGUGGUGUUUAUUUUUCUAUAGUGUAUAGCUGGAUUCCUUGUAAAAAAAGUUAUUAAAAUGGCAUUUUAUUAGUGAAUUCUUA